CCAAAGUCUCCGUCUCUUAUCUUUGAUAAUUUAUACAUUCCAAUACUGUUUUACAAGUAAAAAUAAAAAUGGUGUUGAUGGAUUUGGAAUGGCCGUUUCCAAUUCCAAGUGUCCCUUAUGCUUCAACAAUAAUGUUCACCCUGGUGGCGUUAAUAGGGGGAUUGUUUGUUUAUCUGUAUGGGCCGUAUUGGGGUGUAAGGAAGGUUCCAGGCCCAAAAUCUCUGCCGCUGGUAGGACACCUUCCCUUGCUGGCUAAGUAUGGUCCUGAUGUGUUCUCAGUCCUUGCAAAGCAAUAUGGUCCAAUCUACAGAUUUCAUAUGGGAAGACAGCCACUAAUAAUUAUAGCAGAUGCAGAGCUUUGUAAAGAGGUCUCCAUAAAAAAAUUUAAAGAUAUUCCAAACCGAAGUAUUCCCUCUCCUAUUUCUGCUUCCCCUCUUCACCAAAAAGGCCUCUUCUUCACCCGGGAUUCACAAUGGUCCACCAUGAGAAAUACAAUAUUGUCGGUGUACCAGCCAUCACACUUAUCCGGAUUAGUGCCUACAAUGCAGUCAUUCAUAGAAUCUGCGACCCAAAAUCUUGACUCUCAAAAAGAAGACAUUAUCUUCUCUGAUAUAUCUCUCAGACUGGCAACUGAUGUGAUUGGAGAGGCAGCCUUUGGUGUCAACUUUGGCCUCUCUAAGCCUCAUUCAGUUAGUGAUUCAAUCAAUAGUGUUAACAACAGUAACAACAAAGUAGGUGAUGCAGGUGCUAGUAAUGAAGUAUCAGAUUUCAUCAAUCAACACAUUUACUCAACAACCCAACUUAAGAUGGACUUAUCUGGUUCCUUCUCCAUCAUAGUGGGUCUACUUGUUCCAAUACUUCAGGAGCCAUUUAGGCAGAUUUUGAAGAGAAUACCAGGCACCAUGGACUGGAAAAUUGAGCGUACUAAUCAGAAACUAAGUGGCCGUCUUGAUGAGAUUGUGGAAAAUAGAAUGAAAGAGAGGAACCGAACUUCAAAGGAUUUCUUGUCACUCAUACUAAAUGCCAAAGAAUCAAAAGCCUUAUCAGAAAAAGUCUUCACCCCUGAUUGCAUUAGUGCUGUUACUUAUGAGCAUCUACUUGCUGGGUCAGCAACCACGGCCUUCACUUUGUCUUCCAUUGUCUAUUUGGUUGCUGGACAUCCAGAAGUUGAGAAAAAGCUACUUGAAGAGAUUGAUGGGUUUGGUCCUGUAGAUCAUACACCCACUUCUCAAGAUCUUCAUGACAAGUUUCCUUAUCUUGAUCAGUUGAUUAAAGAGGGGAUGAGGUUUUACACUGUCUCCCCAUUAGUUGCAAGAGAAACAUCAAAUGAAGUAGAGAUUGGAGGAUACCUUCUCCCAAAGGGGACUUGGGUCUGGUUAGCCCUUGGAGUUCUAGCAAAAGAUCCAAGAAACUUUCCAGAACCAGAAAAGUUCAAACCAGAGAGGUUUGACCCCAACUGUGAAGAAAUGAAACGAAGGCAUCCUUAUGCUUACAUACCGUUUGGAAUUGGUCCUCGGGCUUGCAUUGGUCAGAAAUUUACCCUACAAGAGAUAAAGCUUUCUCUGAUUCAUUUAUACCGGAGAUACUUGUUUCGGCAUUCACCUAAUAUGGAGAAUCCCGUAGAACUCGAUUAUGGCAUAGUCCUCAACUUCAAGCAUGGUGUCAAGCUCAGAGCCAUAGCAAGAACAGAGAGGAGUUGCUAAGUAAAGCGUUUUCAGAAGUUAGACGUUGGGAUUAUAAAUUAUAUUAGAAAUACUAAGUGUGCUGAGAUCCAAGAAUGAACAA